AAAAAAUUCCGACUUGCCUUCAACUCCUCGCUAUGCCAGGCGCUGUCCCCAUUCAUUCACCCACUCACUCGCGCGCGCACGCACACACACACACGCGCGCGCACACUCACUCACUCGCUCUCUCUCUCUCUCUCUGUGUAUUCAUAGGAGGUGGAGGAGAGUUGCAUAUCGCCUCUCGCCCUUAGUUAUAUGGCAGGAGUCCCUUGCACGGUAGUCGAGUUCGUUAGUUUACAACGGCGGUAGUGAUGCGUAAGUUGGUAACGUAGAAGUAGAUUUGAGUAGAUUCUGGAUUUUUUCUCUCUCUCUCGUUGGUGUUGCUGUACGGAAUCGUUCGUCGGAGCGUUAUCGCCUUUCUCUCACGGGCUGAAACUUGACCGAUAGUUGUAUAGAAUCUCAUUGCUGUGGAAGCUAUUGAAGAUUUGGAUAAUAAUAAGAGUAAUUAUAUUUAUUAGUGGAGGGAGUGUGCGGUGUGUGUGUGUGUGCGGUGUGUGUUGGGGGGGAGGGGAGACGCGGUUGUAGUAAUUUCGCCCUCAGAAUAGCAAAACAAAAGGAAGAACGUGGAAUCGGUUACAAAAGAAUAAAUUAAUUUCGCCUAACUACAGGGGUCGCUUUAUCUCCCACUCUCGUUUUGUCAUUGCUGUUGUUGUUUGUAGAUCCUUACUGUAGUUCGCGUUCGUUCAGAAUCGACGAAUUCUCCAUGUCAGGAGGUAGUUAGUUAGUCGGAGUAUAAGAACGACGACAAAUCGUCUCUCGAUUAUUUUAGGGGGUCGCGCUUAUCGAUCGCGAGGAGUAACCAAAACUCCGAUUUAUUUUUAAUUACUUUUUAGUUGUUGCGCAGGAUCACGGAUAAACGGCUCGGCACGGUCGCCAUCGUUGAGGGUAGCUCCGAAAACAACAACAGCAGCAGCAGCGUCACCGUCACCUUUGCCAGCUUGGCUGUGCGUUGUCGGAACUCUCUAACGCAGACGGCGAUCAUCAUCGCCUCGAACAACCACGCUUUACUCUUCACGCCCUACCUCCGAAUCGAACCGCUCUCCGUGCAGGCCUCGGCAAGAAAGAAAGCAUCAGCAACACAACAACAACAACAACAGCAACAACAACAACAUCGUGGUCGUCUUCAGAAGCAGACAUUCGAGUGAGUCUUAAACGACUUCGCCCCCCGUCGCCACGAUGAUGUACAGCAUGCUCGAGAGCGACCUCAAGCAGCACGUGGCUCAGACUCACGGCAGUCUGUCCGCGAACUCCUCUCUCAUCAUCGGAGGAGGUGGCGUUGGUGGAGGAGGUGGCGGUGGCGGUGGUGGCGUCGGUGGAGGUGGUGGACAAGCGGGCAAGGUUGGCGGGCAACAGAGUCAGCAGAUGUGCAACGACCGCGUCAAGCGGCCCAUGAACGCCUUCAUGGUGUGGUCACGAGGCCAGCGGAGGAAGAUGGCCCAGGAGAACCCCAAGAUGCACAACUCUGAGAUCUCCAAGCGUCUCGGCGCCGAGUGGAAGCUCCUCACCGAGGCGGAGAAGAGGCCCUUCAUCGACGAGGCCAAGCGGCUGCGCGCCCUGCACAUGAAGGAGCACCCCGACUACAAGUACCGACCGCGCCGCAAGACCAAAACCCUCCUGAAGAAGGACAAGUACUCUCUGCCCGCGGGCCUCCUGGGGUCCGGCGGCGUGUCGGUGAACAGCAACAGCCCCGUGGGCUCGGGCUCGGGCAUGUCCUCGCAUCGCGGCGCCAUGGUGGACGGUGCCGCAUACCAGGCGGCUGUCAACGGCUGGCCGGGCAGCGGCUACGCAGCGACGCUCAUGCAGGAUCAGCUGAGCGUGGCGGCGGCGGCCGGCUACAGUCACGGCAGCGUAGGUGGUGCGCACAGCCCCGUCGGGCAGACCAUGGGCCACCACCCGCACCAUCACCCGGCGCACCCGCACCACCCUGCGCACCACCACCACCACCACCACCAGUCGCCCCUGCAUCACCCGGCGCACCCCCAUCACCCGGCGCACCCCCAUCACCCGGCGCACCCCCAUCACCCGUCGCGCUACGAGAUGGCGGGACUCCCGUACCACCACCACCACGGCCACUCGCACCACGCCGGACACUCGCACCACGCCAACGCCGUGGCCGCGGCGGCGGCGGCCGCCCACGGCUACAUGAACGGGGCCGCCGUGGCAGCCGCGUACGGGAUGAGCGCAGCGGCCGCAGCGUACGGCCAGACGGCCACGCUGGGCGGUGGCGGUGGAGGUGGCGGUGGCGGUGGUGGAGGAGCAAGCGGCGCGGCGUCAGCUGUUGCGGCGGUCGCGGCCGCGGCCGCGGCUGCGGCAUCCUCCGCCUCCUCGUCGUCAUCGUCGUCGUCGUCUUCCUCCUCGUCGUCGUCGUCUGCCGGAUCAACGCCUUCGGCGGCUGCGCAAGCGGCGGCGGCGGCGGCGUCUUCGGGGGCAUCGACGGGGCCGGCAUCGAGCGUGGCGGCUCAGCAGGGCGGAGGAGGCGUGAGCGGGAUCAAGUCGGAGUCGAGUCCAUCGUCAACGCCCGUCCACCACCAGCACCAUCAGCACCACCACCAGCAACAGCAGCAUCAGCAGCACCAGCAACACCAGCAUCAGCAGCAGCAGCAUCAACAGCAUCAACAGCAGCAGCAGCAGCAAAGAUCGCUGCUUGGGAGUGCUAUGGCGGCAGGACAGGCGUGUCCGGGAGACCUCGGGGAGAUGAUCAGUAUGUAUCUACCCGUGGGAGCUGGUGCAGCUGCUGUUGCUGCUGCUGCUGGUGGUGGUGGUGGUGCUGCUGGUGGUGGAGGUGGUGGUGGUGGUGGUGCUGCGUUGGUGAGCGGAGCGAUUGAGAAUCAAGUGAGCGGCAUGGAUUUGGGUCAAAGACGCCUCCACGGCCUGACCCAGCACUAUCAGACAUCUGGGCUUAACGUUCACGACACCUACACGAUAUGGUGAGAAGGGAGAUGGAGUGGAGGGGCAAGACGACUUGAAACGCUCUCAACAAACAACAACAACAACCACAACAAAAACUCACCACGCAAAAUUACAAUCGAUUUUAAUAUUUUAUUUUGUGAACACUCAAACCCCCCCCCCCCCACCCCCCCACCCAAUCUCCCAUCCCCUUGAAGAUCGAUAGAUUAUCGAUAAAUGUUUUCCUCCACUAAUAAACAAAAAUCGCACGCACAUUAUAACACGACACCAACAAGUGUGGAUAUAGACACGCGUGCACACACGCCAUUAUUAACGGCGGGUUGACGGAUCCGGAACGAGAUGGGUAUAUAUGGGGACGAAAUAACAAUGAAUGAGCUUAAAAAAAAAAUAUAUCAAUCCGUGUCUCUCUCGGUCAAUAUCGACACUUAACCACACGCAGACAAA